ACUCGCCAAGAAGAAGAAGAAGAAGAAGCAGAAGAAGAAGAAGACAUGUGAUGUUGAUCACGUGACGGCAUUUGUCACAUGAUGCUUCCCAUACACGGAAGUAGUAACGUCUUUUAAAAUCGUAUAGGUCAAUGUAGUGCGUUAAAACCUGGUUUAAAUCUUGAACGGAUGUUUUUUUAGUAAAAACUACGCCGGGUAAGAUUGUAUGAGAAAGCACUCGAGUUGGUAACGCUGAAAAAAUCGACAUGGUUGUUUUAGAAUUGGAAGAAUCUUCUCUGUUACUGGACGAAAAGCUGCUCCGGUUCAUGGACCAGCUGGAGUUACUGGAGGAGAAACGAGCCGCUCUCAACUCUCUCAUUGAGCAGGGAUGGUUUUCCAUGGCCAAGGCACGAUAUUCCAUGGGAAACAAGCGCGUCUCUGCACUUCAGUAUGCAAGUGAGAUAGAGCCUCUGGUCUGUGUUCAUGCAAGAACACUGGACAAUGGUGAGGUGGAUUUCUGCACCGAAAGGUCCAAACAAAAGGCUAGAGAUGAGGCAGGAAAAGAAGCCAUGUCAAUAGAGGAUAUUGGACCUCAGGAAGAAGGUGUCAGGAGAAGAAACAAACCGAAAAAUAAUAUCCCAGAAAAAAAGGAAGGUGAAGAAGCCAGCAGUGAGAAAGCUCCUGAAGUAACUCCAAUAAGAAAAAGUGACCAGAAUCCGCAGCAAGAUCCACUGAAAUGGUUUGGGAUUCUGGUGCCACAAACUCUAAAACAAGCACAAUCGUCAUUCACGCAAGUAAUUGAGCUGUCAGCUGAGAUUGCAACCCUUCAGACUGCCAUUUUGAACAGCAGGCAGGAGCUGAAGCAAUGCAGGAAGGACAAACCCAUUCUCCAAGAAGUCUCAGCAACUCUGUUGGAAAAGCUGACAGACUAAAUAACUGUUGAGUUUAACCUGAAGAUGACCUGAGAAGACUCUCUGGCUAAAGAGAGUGACAGGUUGGAGUCAGUCUAUUUCUUCAGGGCCAAUUGAACUCAACAUGGAUCCUCUGGGUGGAUUUUUGAACGAGAGAUUACAGAUUAUCCUGUUUGAAUGAAUGAGUAAAUAAUAUUAGAUACAGUUUGAACUUGUGUGUUUUUUGACAAUGUGUUUGUGAAUGCUGUUUUAGUAUUUCUGUGUUGUAGACAAGAUCACUUUUUAGAAUCUUUCAAUAAAUGGAUGGUACCAUUUCUCGAUAAUGCACAAUUUAUACAUGAUUUAUAAGACAUAAUAAUAAAAAAUAAGCAUUUACUUAUAGUUAAUAGAUCAUUAUAAGCGGUUGAAACUAACCUAUUGUAGGUUGCCAGGUUGUGAACAAUGCCUUUGACUAGUGUUAAAUGUAUUAUAUUUGGUUGUAAUGCAGUUAUAUUGAUUCUCUGCAACCAUUUAGAAAAGAAAACGGUAAAACAUGAUUUGCAUAUCAAUUAUUUGAUUUAUUAUAUAUUAAGGUUUUUGUGUACUCAUUUCCACAUGUUGAUCGCACAAUGUGGUCUUUGUUUUGUCGAGAACACUUUUGGUUUGAAAAAUACUGUAAAUAAAGAUUAUUAUACAGUGUGGGUGUUUCCACAACCUGUCCACUUAUUAACCAUUAAUAGAGCCAUUAUUUACAACGUUUUAACCCCAUUAUAAAGGCGGCCUUUUUGAAAAGUGGUACCAAAUUAUAUAAAUGUU